GUGAAGACGGACCAGGGGCGCAUUGCACAGAGCAAAUACCUAAUUCUUUGCACCGGAUUACUGCAUCGGAGCCACAUCCCGGACUUUCCAGGAUUGACCUCAUAUAAAGGGAUCAUUCACCACGCGGCCUUCUGGUCAGAAGACACGAACGUCAAGGGCAAGAAAGUAGCAGUCAUCGAGGCUGGAGCGACUGCGGUUUAA